AUGUUGCCACUUAACACCCGUUGGACAAAGCCUCAAGACCUUGAUGGCUAUAACAUGACUCUGAUGCCAGAAGCGCUCAUUGAUCCAUUUGGCAGUGAUGCAUUGGUCACGCUGAGCAGCUAUGCGCCAAACAUACGCGAUGCAAAGAAGUACAAAGACUGGGUUUAUGUUGCAUCACCGGUUCAAUACUGCAAAAUAGAGCUGGAGCUCAAGUUGCCGCUCUUGGACCAUCUCUCUGGUAAAUACGCUCUAGAUGCAUCAAAGCAUGCCACAGCACUGAUCAAUGGAAAGCAGUCAAUCCAUCUUUCUCAGCUUGUUGAAGCGCUGGUCUGCAUUGGAUGCACUGCUGUGCGCGUCCAGGCAUAUGGCAUGAAGAGCUCUCUCAAGUGCGUGGAAACCAAGUGGUUUGGAGAUGCAGAUCAUGACCUCGCAGGAGACAACACUUGGGACUUGGGUGCCAUGUACCGCACACGCACCAUACCGCUGUUCAAGCCUGCAGCAUCACGUGCAACUGGAAUGCAGGUUGAUCCGAUGCUGCUUGCGCUUGGGCGCGGCUAUGGCUCUGUUGACGCACAGCUGCAGUACGAGGAGCAGGACUACCGUGUCAAAGUUUAUCCGCGCCUUGUGCAUCGCCUCAAGGCCCUUGCAGGGAAGCACCCACGGUGGCCACCAAGCUCUGUGCGGAUGAGCAAGGCUCGGCUUUCAUCACUUGAGCGCAAGGCUGCCCUCCUGCAAGAGGGCUUUGAAGAAGAUGACUACUUCCUGGGAGGAUGCCGCAUUGAGGUCACCAUCACAGCACCAACGCUAAAUGCAGCUGUCAAGCAGCUUGCGCGCACUCCUCUGCUUGCACUUGAAGAGUGGCUGCAGCCGCUGAGCGAGGAGCUGGAAGACUUGCAAAUUCAGGUGAUUGAAGUCACACCUGACUCUUUCUUUGCGCAGUGGGCAUUCAUGAAGGCUCAACAGGUGCAGCUGAGGCUGUUCAAAAGGGAUCACAAUGCGCAGGCAACACCACUUGAGAAGUGUGUGCUUGUCGAUUUUCAAAACUGUCUAGGAUGGAAUGCAGGGUACCGUGCAUCUACACGGCACACAGACUCUAAUGCAUGGUGGCUCAGUGCUGUGCAUAUGAGCGCACUUGCUGCAGCAGCACCAGUGCGUGCAGCAGAAGAUGCGCAGUGGCAGGACAUCACCCUUGGCCACAUAACAGAGAUACCACUGCUGCGUGAACUCUUCAGCAUCUUGCAGCCGCACAUGAUGUGCCGCUACUGCCAGCUGGAUGACAGCCGCUACAUCCGCAACUGGGAUGCCAAACAGCAGCGCAUCAAGUGCAACAAGAAGGGACGCGGUGGUACAUGUCAAGGUCCGCAACUGUAUCUCAACAAAGAGCAGGCAUUCCUCGCAUCUUGGGUGAACAAGCUGCAGAUCUGCCUCGACAACAAGUUCUUAGCUGGCGCACCAGCAUCAGCUGUCCCUGCCAAGCGCACACGCUCUGAGUGCUGGGUGGAAGUGCCUGUGACGCGCCGCAAGACUUCUGCGCUGCGCACCGCUAAUGCACCAUCUGCCACACGCAUCACAGCUGAAGCUGAGCCUAACCCACUGCAUGCAAGCCCAACCGCUCAAUCAGCAUUGCUGGGAAAUUGUUUGCGCAUAUCAGACUUCAUUAAAGGUGACGGCAACUGCCAGUUCCGUGCAUGGGCGCACCUGCACUACAGCAACCAGUCACGCUUUUGGAAUGCACGUCAGGUUGCUGCAGCAUGGCUCAAGACGCACGCGCACAUUGUGCGUGAGUUCUAUGCGCCAGAGGAUCCCACUGUGCUUGACCAACACAGUCCCCUGGACCUCACCACUCGGCGCUCGUACGCAAACAUGUGCGCUGAAGUUGCAAAAGCUGGAACAUGGGGCAAUGAGUACUCACUGUUUGCGCUUGUGAAUCACUUCAAGUGUGCAGUGCGGGUGUUCAUCAAGAUGCAAGAUGGUGCGCUCAUUACGCAUGAUGUCACUGUGUGGCAGGCAGAAGAGCAAGAGCCAGUAUAUCAGCUGUACUUUGACGCGCACACACGUCACUAUGAAGUAGUGCUGUGA